AUGGACAUACUUCUGGUCGGCACGGUCGAGCUCUUGCGGACCUUCCUCGAUAGCGUCAAAGCGUGUCCCAACGACCCACCCAGCUUCUACAUCGAUCUCGAAGGGGAUGACCUUUGCCGACAUGGCACGGUGUCCCUCAUCACAAUACUGGUCGUCCCGCAUCAUAAAGUCUACCUCAUCGAUGUCGCGACACUGGGCCGAUCAGCCUUCGACACCUCGACAGCGGACGGAAACACGUUGCGCCAGCUUCUUGAAUCUGACAGGAUCGCGAAGGUCUUCUUCGACAUACGCAACGACUCUGACGCUCUCUACAGUCUCUACGGCGUGAACGUGGCCGGCAUUGAGGACAUUCAAUUGAUGGAGCUGGCAUCCCGGAACUUCUCCAAGCGCUGCGUCCAUGGUCUGGCCAAAUGCAUCGAGAAUGAUGCUAAGGUGGACUAUGAGACCCGCCGGAACUGGCGAAAUGUGAAAGACAAUGGCCGUCGGCUCUUCGACCCUGCUCGUGGUGGUAGCUACGCUGUCUUCGCAGAACGUCCCAUGUCAACAGAGGUCCGCGACUACUGCGUCCAGGAUGUCGCUCUGAUGCCGAAUCUUCGCGAUGUGUACCGUGCCAAGCUGUGUGAUGCUUGGUGGAGGAAGAUCGAAGACGAGACCAGGGCUCGCAUCCGUCUAUCACAGAGCGUAGGCUACAAUGGCAAAGGCCGACACAUGGCUCUUGGUCCCAGCCACUGGAUAGGCUGGUCUCCGAGUAUCUCUCAACGUAGCGAACGCACACUCUUGGAGCGGCCAGUCCCAGCAAGCGACCACAAGGAAGAUCCAACUCCAAAGGCUUCAGAGCAGCAAGCCACAGACACAUCACCAACACUGAAUUCAGGUCAAGCGAAUCCUGAGACUGAAGAUGCGUCCCUCGGACCAGACGGUCGCGCCUUGCAGCAGUUGUCUCUGCUUCGGUCUCACGAUGUUGAUGACGAUUCUGAAAACGGCAGCAAUGGAGAUCGGUACGGCACUUCAUAUCAUGGUGGAGGGUUACACUACCACAACAGCAAUGAAGACGAUGAUCAAUACAAGGACCUCACAGCCUGCGACUCCGAAUGUGGCUACUGCGGGCAGUCUAUGAGAGCCGAUUCAACACGGUUCGGGGAGCUCGUAUGUAUGGUCGUCUAA